AGAGCUUCGGGAGCCGGCGCGGAGGCCCGAGCUGCGGGAGCUGAGGGAAGGCUGCGCCGAGCCCGCUGUCCUCCGCCCGGCCUCCCCAGCCGCCGCCAUGGGCAUCAAAUUUUUAGAAGUUAUCAAGCCUUUCUGUGCAGUUCUACCAGAAAUUCAGAAACCUGAGAGGAAAAUCCAGUUUAGAGAGAAGGUACUAUGGACUGCUAUAACUCUCUUUAUUUUCUUAGUAUGUUGUCAGAUACCACUGUUUGGAAUCAUGUCAUCAGAUUCUGCAGAUCCUUUCUACUGGAUGAGGGUUAUACUUGCAUCCAACAGAGGAACUUUAAUGGAAUUGGGUAUCUCCCCAAUUGUAACGUCUGGUUUGAUUAUGCAGUUGUUAGCUGGAGCUAAAAUCAUUGAAGUUGGAGAUACACCCAAAGAUAGAGCUCUGUUCAAUGGAGCCCAGAAAUUGUUUGGUAUGAUCAUUACCAUUGGCCAAGCUAUUGUAUAUGUCAUGACGGGGAUGUACGGGGACCCUGCAGAGAUGGGUGCUGGAAUCUGUCUCCUUAUCAUUAUUCAGUUGUUUGUUGCUGGUUUGAUUGUGCUGCUGUUAGAUGAACUGCUACAGAAGGGUUACGGCUUGGGGUCUGGUAUUUCCCUCUUUAUUGCCACCAACAUCUGUGAAACCAUUGUCUGGAAGGCCUUUAGUCCCACUACCAUUAACACUGGCAGAGGUACUGAGUUUGAAGGUGCUGUCAUAGCUCUGUUCCACUUGUUGGCAACCAGGACAGAUAAAGUCCGGGCUCUAAGGGAAGCUUUUUAUCGGCAAAACUUACCCAAUCUAAUGAACCUCAUUGCUACUGUUUUUGUGUUCGCUGUUGUUAUAUAUUUUCAGGGAUUUCGUGUUGACUUACCCAUUAAGUCGGCCCGGUAUCGAGGACAGUACAGUAGCUAUCCCAUCAAACUCUUCUACACCUCGAACAUUCCCAUCAUUCUUCAGUCUGCCUUAGUUUCAAACCUGUAUGUUAUUUCCCAGAUGCUGUCUGUUCGAUUUAGUGGCAACUUCUUAGUAAAUUUACUAGGACAGUGGGCUGAUGUCAGUGGAGGAGGACCUGCUCGUUCUUACCCAGUUGGAGGCCUUUGUUAUUAUCUUUCUCCUCCUGAGUCCAUGGGUGCCAUAUUUGAGGAUCCUGUCCAUGUAGUUGUUUAUAUCAUCUUCAUGUUGGGAUCAUGUGCAUUCUUUUCCAAAACAUGGAUUGAGGUGUCUGGUUCCUCAGCCAAAGAUGUAGCUAAACAGCUUAAAGAACAGCAAAUGGUAAUGAGGGGUCACAGAGAUACCUCUAUGGUUCAUGAGCUUAACAGGUACAUCCCCACGGCGGCUGCGUUUGGUGGUUUGUGCAUUGGUGCCCUGUCAGUGUUAGCCGACUUCCUGGGAGCCAUCGGAUCUGGCACUGGGAUUCUGCUUGCAGUCACUAUAAUUUAUCAGUAUUUCGAAAUAUUUGUUAAGGAACAGGCUGAAGUUGGUGGGAUGGGUGCUUUGUUUUUCUAAAUGUUCAAAUAUUUCUUUAUGUGUGUGUGAAAGGGAAAAUAUUUUGACACAUUGUUUUUGUUCCUUUUCUUCCCUCACAGUUUCUUGUUUUCAAGUGCUAAUUGUCCCAUUUCUGAAGUGGGAACCGAGCUAAGCCUGUGUGCAGCAUUAGUACCCGCUGCCUUAAAACUGAAGUUUACAUUAUUCGUUAAAAAUGUACAUCUAGUGUUGCCCGUAAUGCUGGAAACCAGUGAAUCUACUUGCUGUGUUAAAUCAUGACAGUGAGAUGGUGACAUGGAUUCGUUUUGCACACUAUCAAAACACUUAAUAUCUCCCCUCCCCAACUUGUUUAAAAAUAAAUGUAGUUCAAAUUGCCACUUUCCAGUAUUUUUGAGCUUAUUUAAUGAGUUCUGGAACAUUUAUAUCUAAUGUAUAUUUUAGAUAAUUACUUUUUAUACUUUUUUAACUCAUAGUAUCCACACCUUAGAUCCCCCUUCUUUGUCCCUUUUCAAAGCAGCCAGUUAGCCCAGAUGGGCAAAAGUCAAAUAUCAAAGUUCUGUCACCAGAACCACCUGCUUCCAGGUACGCUGCCUGUGCUGCGUACGCUUUUGCCUUUCUUCCGAGACAGCAUGCGUGGAGCUGUCCGACUGUCGGCGCUGCCUUCUAAUGCCAAUUGUCACCCGAAUCCUCUUUCCAGGUUCUGUGCCCCGAUUCUUUUUUUUUUUUUUUAAAUCUCUAAAGCAAAGAUCUAAUUCUCAAGCACUGUCUGUAGUUCAGUGGGGGUGAACAGUGAGUAAUUCAUUCUAGGAAUUCUGUUUAUGUUGUUGUACUUACGACAACAACAUGAGUGUGAAUAGUAGACAAUAAACUUUUAUUUAAUAAAAUGGUUUCACUUGUGUUGGAAAAAUAAAGACAUAUGAUAGUAAAUGUUUUCUAAGAUUAUUUAUAUAGGUUCAUUGUAUAUAUACAAGGUCCAGACUGAAAUGCCAAUUGAAAGAAGCCUGUAGUAAUUACAUUUAAUGUUUAAUUCUAAAUUAUUGAGGGGCAGCAGCCAACUUAAGGGUACUCAUUUAGGGACUGAUGUUUCAAAAAGGACAAGAAACAAUGAUUGUCUUAAAACAGAAUUGCAGUGUGUACUUGAAACUACAGUUCUUUGUACAUAAUUCAUUUUUUAAAAAAAUAUAUGCUUGGGGCCAGCAGGUGGCAAUGAGGUUGGGCACUGGA